CCAUGUUCGGGGUGGCCUCGGAGGGGCCGGGGCAGGUGGCGGGGAGGCAGCGAGCUCCCGGUUGUGAGGAGACUCUGGCUUCCGCACAGCCCGGCAGCUGCUUCGUGUGUGUUUGGUUUCUGGAUGCGACGGGGAAAGGCAGAGAGUAAAAGCGCUGUCUGCAGCGCUGUAACCAUCGUCACCUGUCUUGUGGGAGAUUUGCUCUGGGCAGGUGGCACUGCAGGGUGCUUGGGUAAGAGUCGGGCAGGCCUUGUGUUGUGAAGGCUGGCAGUGCCUUUGUGAUGAGAGUCUGAACCAUGCGUGGCAAAAAUGGAGUGCUAGCUGGAAACCCUGCUUAAAUGAUGGCUUCAGGAUGGAGAGGGGGAAAAGCUGCUGGCAAAAGGAGAAAGGCUGAUGAUUCACCUGUGGAUCUGCUUCAGAGCUCUGCCUUAGUUAGGCAGCUGGAGAAAGCCAUACAGGUGGACUUAAUCACCCCCCAGUGCCUGCUGGAAGGGCUGUGUGGCUGUGCGUGGUGAGCUCGGAGAUUUCUGGAAUGUGCUGAAGACAAACUUCUCGAUGCAGAUGACUGAUGAACUGUCUAGGGGAGAUGGUCUGCUUGAACGUGCCACUUGAACAGGAAAGAACAGGCGGAAGAUGGAAAGGUCAGUGGCAGCAUGGGCUGCAGAAACCACAAGACUGUGGACCUGAAGAUUUGAGAGAAGCAAGCAAGGCAAACAGAAUUAUAAUCACUGAUUCCAGAAGGGCAAAUUAGAGCCUGUUCAGGGCCCUGCUUGGGAAGAUCCCUUGAGAAAAGUCCAAGAGAGUUGGGUAAUCCUCCAGAACAGUUUCCUCAGAGCAAAAGAACUGUUCAUUUGAAUGUGCAGAAAUCAAAUGAAGGCUGGUAUGGAUGAACAUGCAGCUCCUGGCUGAGUUCAGACGCAAAAGAAGGUGGGAAUAGGAGCUGAGUACUUGGGAGGAGCGUAGAUGGAGAUGUAAGAUGUUACAGAGCAUGUUCCUGUAUGCAUGGGCAAACCAACAAGGGAUGUGCAGAGCAGCAGAAGUGUGUUAUCAUUGGCAGUGAGAGGGAAGGUGGUCACUGAGAUCACUGACAGCACUAGCACAGAAUUCACAGGUCCUACAACCAUCACUCGUACGAUUGAGUAUGAAAAAACUUCUGGUGAGGAUGCACCAACUCCAGUCAGAAAGAAGACAAUACGGACAAAAGUGGACUCUUCUAAGUUCUUGACACCUUACCUGCAGCACAGUAAUAAAAUGAAGGACCUGUUCAGUGAGAACAAGUACAAAGAAAAAUUUAAUAAAGAAAGAGGAAAGCCAUAUGCUUCCACAAUUGAUACCCCAGAAAUUCGAAGAAUCAAGAAAGUGCAGGAUCAGCUCAGUGAGGUUAAAUACCGCAUGGCUGGUGAAGCUGCUCGAACUAUUUGCCACGUUGAUGAAAAGGCCUGGGAUAUAGAACAUGCAAAGAAGGUAUCUCAGCAAGUGAGCAAGGUGUUAUAUAAACAGAACUGGGAGGAGAAUAAAGACAAGUACUUACUUCCCCCUGAUGCCCCAGAGCUUGUAAAUGCAAUAAAAAAUACAGCAAUGUUCAGUAAGAAACUUUAUACAGAAGACUGGGAAGGAGACAAAACAUUGUUCUACCCGUACAAUGACAGUCCAGAACUCAGAAGGGUGGCACAGGCUCAAAAAGCUCUGAGUGAUAUUGUCUACAAAAAAGGGCACGAUGAACGAAAAUCUAAAUAUACUUCUCUGCCAGAUCCCCCUGAUGUGGAACAAGCCAAGAAAGUGACAAGGCAGCUGAGUGAUAUUAUUUAUCAUGAAGACUAUAAAAACAAGAUCAAAGGCAAGUGGAGUCAAACUCCAUGCUAUGAUGUUGCAAUUGCAAAAAUGAACGCAGAAAAUAUAAGCAUGAAAAAAUACCAGGAAGACUUUGAAAAUGUGAAAGACCAAAUCUAUUUUAUGCAGACUGAAACUCCAGAAUAUGAAGCUAAUAAGCGAGUUUCGGAGAAUGUCAGUAAGAUAAAAUACAGAGCAGACUACGAGAAGAACAAAGCCAUUGCAGAUUAUAAUGUGCUUCCUGCAACAGAGAACCCAUUGCUGAGGCAAUUAAAAACUGCAGGAGAUGUGCUGAGUGACAAAUUAUACAAAGAAGCCUAUGAGCAGUCCAAAGGAACAAGCAUGAACUACUGUGAGACACCAAAGUUCCAGACUGAUAGCGUUCUGAAGAAUUUUAGUGAUGUAAAAUACAAAGAUGCUUAUCAAAAGAAUAUUUUGGGACACUAUUUGGGCAGUUUUGAGGACCCACAUCAGAUACACUGUAUGAAAGUCGAAGCUAUGAAGAGUGAUAAAAAUUACAAAGCGGAUUAUGAAGAAGAAAAGACAAAAUGCUACUUCCCUCAGACCAUAACUCAAGAAUAUGAAGCUAUUAAGAAGUUAGAGCAGUGUAAAGAUCACACCUACAAAAAGCAUCCUGAUCAGAUCAAAUUUACCCCAGUGACUGACUCUCCAGUACAGAAGCAAGCAGAGAUCAAUAGCAAGCAGCUGAGUGAUAAACUCUACAGAUCUUCCGGAGAAGAAGUUAAACAUAAAUACACUCUCCCCCCAGAUGUCCCACAGUUUAUCCAAGCUAGAUACAAUGCUGCAAAUGUCAGUGAUGCCUAUUAUAAACAGGACUACCACGAUUUAAUAGCUAAAGGGACCAACGUGUCACUUGAUGCUAUUCCAAUUACUCGAGCAAAAGCAUCAAGAAACAUUGCUAGUGAUUAUAAAUAUAAAGAAGCAUAUGAAAAGGCUAAAGGAAAACAGGUUGGUUUCAAAAGCCUGCAAGAUGACCCCAAGCUUGUUCACUACAUGCAUGUUGCAAAGAUUCAGUCCGAUCGUGAAUAUAAGAAGGACUACGAGAAGAGUAAGACUAACUAUCACACACCUCCUGACACAUUCAGUAUCCAGGCUGCAAAGAAGUCUCAGGAUGUAGCUUCUACUGCCCACUACAAAAAUCUGAUCCAUCACUACACCUAUCUGCCAGAUGCUAUGGAUGUUGAGCUUGCAAAGAACAUGAUGCAAAUUCAGAGUGAUAAUGUAUACAAACAAGACUAUAACAGUUGGUUCAAGGGUAUUGGAUGGAGUCCUCUUGGCUCUCUGGAUGUAGAAAAAGCUAAAAAGGCUGGAGAUGCAUUAAAUGAGAAGAGGUACCGUCAGCACCCAGACACCAUCAAAUUUACAAGUGUGCCAGACUCAAUGACAAUGGUUUUAGCUCAGCACAACACCAAGCAACUGAGUGAUGUAGCAUAUAAGCAAGAGGGUGAAAAAGUAAAGCACAAAUACAAGCUUGAUCCUGAUGUUCCUCAGUUUAUUCAAGCAAGGGUCAAUGCCUUCAAUUUGAGUGAUGCUAACUACAAAGCAGACUGGAAAAAAACCAUUGCCAAAGGAUAUGAUCUGAAACCAGAUGCCAUUCCUAUUAUUGCUGCUAAGGCAUCUCGAAAUAUUGCAAGUGAUUACAAGUACAAGGAGUCAUACGAGAAAGAUAAAGGCAAACAGGUUGGAUUCCGUAGCCUGCAGGAUGAUCCCAAACUUGUUCAUUACAUGCGCGUGGCCAAAAUCCAAUCAGAGCGUGAAUACAAGAAGGAUUAUGAAGUGACCAAGACCAAAUAUCAUACUCCCUUGGAUAUGUUCAGUGUGACGGCUGCCAAGAAGGCUCAGGAAGCUGUUACAAACGCAGGCUAUAAACAGCCCAUUCACCAUUAUACUCUCUUGCCUGAUUCUGUGAAUCUGGAGCUAUCAAGAAACAUGAUGCAGCUUCAGAGUGAUAACGUGUAUAAAGCAGACUUUAAUAACUGGCUGAGAGGAGUUGGCUGGUUGCCAAUUCAAUCCUUGGAUGUAGAAAAGGCCAAAAAAGCUUCAGAUAUUCUCAGUGAAAAGAAAUAUCGCCAGCACCCUGACAAGCUGAAGUACUCUAUUCCACUGGAUGCAAUGGAACAAGUGCUAGCUAAACAAAAUGCCAAGACUAUGAAUAAGAGGCUCUACACUGAUAAAUGGAACAAAGAGAAGACCAGCAUUCAUGUUAUGCCAGAUACUCCAGAAAUUCUGCAGUCUAGAGUGAACCAGAUCACAAUGAGUAAUAAACUAUACAAAGCUGGAUGGGAGGAAGACAAGAAGAAAGGUUAUGACAUGCGUCCAGAUGCUAUUCCAAUAAAAGCAGCCAAAACUUCCCAGGACAUUGCAAGUGAUUAUAAAUACAAACUAGCCUAUGAAAAAGCAAAAGGAAAGCAUAUUGGGUUCCGCAGCCUUGAAGACGACCCCAAGCUGGUGCACUUCAUGCAGGUGGCUAAGAUGCAAUCUGAUCGUGAAUACAAGAAAGAUUAUGAGAAGGCAAAGACUAACUUCCAUACUCCAGUUGACAUGCUCAGCGUUGUGGCAGCCAAGAAAGCACAGGAAGUGGCUACAAAUGCAAACUACAAAAACUUGAUCCAUAUCUACAAUGUUUUACCUGAUGCUAUGAGUCUUGAAUUAGCCAAAAACAUGAUGCAGAUACAAAGUAAUAAUCAAUACAGAGCAGAUUAUGAUGAAAGUAUGAAGGGUGUUGGAUGGAUGCCUCUGGGCUCUCUGGAGGCUGAGAAGAACAAGAAAGCCAUGGAAAUUCUUAGUGAAAAGAAAUACCGUCAGCAUCCAGACAAGUUGAAGUAUUCUGUUCCUCUGGAUUCCAUGAAUAUGGCCUUAGCUUUACAUAAUGCUAAAAUCAUGGAUGAGCACCAAUACAAACAAGCAUGGGAAGAGGACAAGAAGAAGGUUCACAUGACACCAGAUAUUCCACAGUUUACUUUAGCAAAAGCUAACGCGUUUAAUAUAAGUGAUAAAAUGUAUAGACAUUCUUUUGAAGAAGCCAGAAAGAAAGGGUAUGAUCUCAGAUCUGAUGCUAUCCCUAUUAAGGCUGCCAAAGCUUCCAGGGACAUUGCUAGUGAUUAUAAAUACAAAUUAGGUUAUGAACAAGACAAGGGAAAGCUUGUAGGCUUCCGCAGCCUUCAGGAUGAUCCUAAACUUGUCCAUUAUAUGCAAGUGGCUAAGAUGCAGUCUGACCGUGAAUACAAGAAGGCCUAUGAGGCAAGCAAGACUCACUACCAAACACCUUCUGAUGCACUCAGUAUCAUGGCAGCUAAGGAGGCACAAGAUCGUGUAACCAAUGCAAACUACAAACGACUGAUACACCACUAUAUGCUUCUGCCAGAUGCAAUGAGUUUUGAAUUGUGCAGGAACAUGAAUCAGAUACAAAGUAAUAAUGAAUACAAACAGGAUUACAAUGAAUGGUUCAAAGGUAUUGGUUGGAGUCCUGUUGGUUCUCUGGAUGUGGAGAAAUCUAAGAAAGCUACAGAAAUUGCAAGUGACCGGAAAUACCGACAGCAUCCCAGCACAUUUUCUUUUACAAAACAGAUUGAUGCCAUGGAUAUGGUCCUUGCAAAGCACAAUGCAGAUAUAAUGAAUAAACAUGCUUAUACACAAGCCUGGGAGAAGGAUAAAACUCAAGUUCAUGUGAUGCCAGAUACACCAGAUAUUUUACAGGCAAAACAGAACAAGGCGAACUACAGUCAGAAACAAUACAAGCUCGACUGGGAGGAAAUGAUUAAGAAGGGCUAUGACCUCACACCUGAAGCCAUUUCAGUGAAAGCUGCCAAAGCUUCAAGGGACAUUGCAAGUGAUUACAAAUACAAGGAGGGUUACCGCAAGCAGCAGGGACAUCACAUUGGAUUCCGGAGCUUACAGGAUGAUCCGAAGAUGAUGUGGUCUAUGCAAGUAGCUAAGAUGCAGAGCGAGAGGGAGUAUAAGAAAGACUUUGAAAAGUGGAAGACAAAGUUUAACAUGCCUGUGGAUAUGUUAGGCUUCCUUCUGGCUAAGAAAUGUCAGGAAUUGGUUAGUGAUAUAGACUAUAAACACAUGCUACACCGCUGGACUUGUCUACCAGACCAAAAUGAUGUCACCCAAGCAAAGAGGGUCUACGAUCUACAGAGUGAUAAUCUGUACAAGUCAGAUCUACAGUGGCUCAGGGGCAUUGGAUGGAGUCCUUUGGGAUCUUUGGAGUCUGAAAAGAACAAGAAAGCUUCUGAAAUACUGAGUGAAAAGAAGUACCGGCAGCACCCAGAUACUAUUAAGUUCACAAGUAUCCCAGAUGCCAUGAAUAUCACUCUAGCAAAAUCUAAUGCCAAAAACAGAAGUGAUAUACUGUAUAGAGAGGCUUGGGACAAGGACAAAACUCAGGUUCACAUCAUGCCUGAUACUCCUGAAAUUUUGUUGGCUAAAUCAAACUUAAUCAACACAAGUGAUAAACAUUACAAGUUAGGAUAUGAAGAGCUGAGGAGGAAAGGCUAUGAUCUUCCUCCAGAUGCUAUACCACUCAAGGCAGCAAAGGCAUCCAGAGACAUCGCCAGUGAAUAUCAGUAUAAAACAGCCUACCGCAAGCAGCUUGGCCACCACAUUGGAGCCCGCAACAUAGAGGACGAUCCGAAGAUGAUGUGUGCCAUUCCCAUCAAGUCUGCGAAAGCUUCCAGGGACAUUGCCAGUGAUUACAAAUAUAAGGAAGGGUACCGCAAGCAGCUUGGCCACCACAUUGGAGCCCGCAACAUAGAGGACGAUCCGAAGAUGAUGUGGUCAAUGCACGUAGCCAAGAUCCAGAGUGACAGGGAGUACAAGAAAGCCUUUGAGAAGACCAAGACGCACUUCAGCAGCCCUGUGGACAUGCUGGGAAUUGUGUUGGCCAAGAAAUGUCAGGAGCUGGUCAGCGAUGUUGAUUACAAGCAUCUUCUGCAUCGCUGGACCUGUCUGCCGGACCAGAACGAUGUUGUACAAGCCCGGAAAGUGUACGACCUUCAGAGUGAUAAUGUGUACAAGUCUGACCUGCAGUGGUUGAAAGGCAUUGGCUGGUCCCCAAUUGGUUCCCUGGAUGAAGAGAAGAACAAGCGAGCGAGCAUGAUCCUGUACAAGUAUAAAGAAGGGUACCGCAAGCAGCUUGGCCACCACAUUGGAGCCCGCAACAUAGAGGACGAUCCGAAGAUGAUGUGGUCGAUGCACGUAGCCAAGAUCCAGAGUGACAGGGAGUACAAGAAGGCGUUUGAGAAGACCAAGACACACUUCAGCAGCCCCGUGGACAUGCUGGGAAUUGUGUUGGCCAAGAAAUGUCAGGAGCUGGUCAGCGAUGUUGAUUACAAGCAUCUUCUGCAUCGCUGGACCUGUCUGCCGGACCAGAACGAUGUUGUACAAGCCCGGAAAGUGUACGACCUUCAGAGUGAUGUGAGUUAUCCUGUUGUGGGUGUGUACAAAUAUAAGGAAGGGUACCGCAAGCAGCUUGGCCACCACAUUGGAGCCCGCAACAUAGAGGACGAUCCGAAGAUGAUGUGGUCGAUGCACGUAGCCAAGAUCCAGAGUGACAGGGAGUACAAGAAAGCCUUUGAGAAGACCAAGACGCACUUCAGCAGCCCCGUGGACAUGCUGGGAAUUGUGUUGGCCAAGAAAUGUCAGGAGCUGGUUAGUGAUGUUGAUUACCGCCACUAUCUGCAUCAGUGGAUCUGCCUGCCGGACCAGAACGAUGUUAUCCAUGCUAGGAAGGCCUAUGAUCUGCAGAGUGAUAAUUUCUACAAGUCAGACCUUGAGUGGAUGCGUGGCAUUGGUUGGGUCCCCAUUGGUUCCUUGGAUAUUGAAAAAGCCAAGAGGGCAGGACAGAUCUUGAGUGACAAAGUCUACCGUCAGCCUCCAGACACCAUCAAGUUUACGAGUGUUACUGAUUCUCUGGAGAUGAACUUAGCUAAGCAUAAUGCAGAGAUGAUGAAUAAGCGUUUGUAUACUGAGGCCUGGGAUAAAGACAAGACGCAAGUUCACAUCAUGCCCGACACACCUGAAAUCACACUGGCAAAACAGAAUAUGCAUAACUACAGUGAGAAACUGUACAAACAAGCCAUGGAAGAAGCAAAAAAGAAAGGCUAUGAUUUGAGAAGUGAUGCUAUCCCAAUUCAGGCUGCCAAAGCAUCCAGGCAAAUUGCCAGUGAUUACAAAUAUAAGGAAGGGUACCGCAAGCAGCUUGGCCACCACAUUGGAGCCCGCAACAUAGAGGACGAUCCGAAGAUGAUGUGGUCGAUGCACGUAGCCAAGAUCCAGAGUGACAGGGAGUACAAGAAAGCCUUUGAGAAGACCAAGACGCACUUCAGCAGCCCCGUGGACAUGCUGGGAAUUGUGUUGGCCAAGAAAUGUCAGGAGCUGGUCAGCGAUGUUGAUUACCGCCACUAUCUGCAUCAGUGGAUCUGCCUGCCGGACCAGAACGAUGUUAUCCAUGCUAGGAAGGCCUAUGAUCUGCAGAGUGAUAAUUUCUACAAGUCAGACCUUGAGUGGAUGCGUGGCAUUGGUUGGGUCCCCAUUGGUUCCUUGGAUAUUGAAAAAGCCAAGAGGGCAGGACAGAUCUUGAGUGACAAAGUCUACCGUCAGCCUCCAGACACCAUCAAGUUUACGAGUGUUACUGAUUCUCUGGAGAUGAACUUAGCUAAGCAUAAUGCAGAGGUGAUGAAUAAGCGUUUAUACACUGAAGCGUGGAAUAAAGAUAAGACCACAAUCCAUGUCAUGCCUGACACACCUGAAAUCAUGCUAGCUAAACAAAACCAAGCACACUACAGUCAGAAAAUGUACAGACUAGCUUUGGAGGAAUCAAAGAAGAAGGGUCAUGACUUGCGUUUUGAUGCCAUUCCUAUCCAAGCUGCCAAAGCAUCCAGAGAGAUUGCCAGUGAUUACAAAUAUAAGGAAGGGUACCGCAAGCAGCUUGGCCACCACAUUGGAGCCCGCAACAUAGAGGACGAUCCGAAGAUGAUGUGGUCGAUGCACGUAGCCAAGAUCCAGAGUGACAGGGAGUACAAGAAAGCCUUUGAGAAGACCAAGACGCACUUCAGCAGCCCCGUGGACAUGCUGGGAAUUGUGUUGGCCAAGAAAUGUCAGGAGCUGGUUAGUGAUGUUGAUUACCGCCACUAUCUGCAUCAGUGGAUCUGCCUGCCAGACCAGAACGAUGUUAUCCAUGCUAAGAAGGCCUAUGAUCUGCAGAGUGAUGCUGUUUAUAAAUCCGACCUGGAAUGGCUGAAGGGAAUUGGAUGGGUUCCUAUUGGCUCAUUGGACGUUGAGAAGGCUAAGAAAGCUGGAGAAAUCCUGAGUGAGAGGAAGUAUCGUCAACCAGCUGACCAAAUCAAAUUUACUAGUGUGACAGAUUCUUUGGCUAUGAUGUUAGCCAAGCAUAAUGCUGAGAUAAUGAACAAGCGUUUAUAUACAGAAGCCUGGGAUGCAGACAAAACGUCGAUUCACGUCAUGCCUGACACUCCAACUAUUUUAUUAGCAAAGGCCAACGCAGCUAAUGUUAGCCAUAAACAUUAUAUACAAGCCUGGGAAGAUGCCAAAAAGAAGGGUUAUGACAUGAGAGCUGAUGCAAUUCCAAUUCGAAGUGCAAAGGCAUCAAGAGACAUUGCGAGUGAUUACAAGUACAAGGAGGCUCACGAGAAGCAGAAAGGGCACUACAUCGGGUGCCGAACCGCCAAGGAGGAUCCCAAGCUGACGUGGGCUGCACGAGCCAUGUUGCUGCAGAAUGACCGCAUUUACAGGAAGGCGUACAACGACUCGAAGGCCCAGAUCCACAUGCCAGUGGAUGCAAUGUCACUGCAGGCAGCCAAGGAGUGCCAGACUCUUGUCAGUGAUGUUGACUACCGCCAUCACCUUCACCAAUGGACGUGUCUGCCUGACCACAAUGAUGUGGUGCACGCGAGGAAAGCCUACGACCUACAGAGUGAUAAUGUGUACAAGUCAGACCUGGAGUGGUUACGAGGUAUUGGCUGGCUGGCGGAAGGUUCUGUGGAUGUGGUCAAAGCCAAGAAAGCCCAGGAAAUUCUGAGUGACAGGUUGUACCGCACACUGCCGGACCAGAUAAAAUUCACCAGCAUAACUGAUUCACCAGAUAUUGUCCAGGCUAAGAUCAAUGCUAUGCAACUCAGUAAUCAUCUGUACCGUGAGGUCUGGGACAAAGACAAGACACAGAUUUCCAUACCUUCUGACACUCCUGAGAUGCUGCAGUCAAAACUCAACGCUCUGAACAUCAGCAAUAAACAUUAUCAGAAGGCCUGGGAUGAGGCCAAAGCGAAGAACUAUGACCUAAGAGCUGACGCCAUUCCCAUCAAACACGCCAAGGCUUCCAGAGACAUUGCUAGUGAGGUACGGCCUCCUCUGAACGAUCCCAAGCUGAUGUGGGCUGCACGAGCCAUGUUGCUGCAGAAUGACCGCAUUUACAGGAAGGCGUACAAUGACUCGAAGGCCCAGAUCCACAUGCCAGUGGAUGCAAUGUCACUGCAGGCAGCCAAGGAGUGCCAGACUCUUGUCAGUGAUGUUGACUACCGCCAUUACCUUCACCAGUGGACGUGUCUGCCUGACCACAAUGAUGUGGUGCACGCGAGGAAAGCCUACGACCUACAGAGUGAUAAUGUGUACAAAUCAGACCUGGAGUGGUUACGAGGUAUUGGCUGGCUGACAGAAGGUUCUGUGGAUGUAGUCAAAGCCAAGAAAGCCCAGGAAAUCCUGAAUGACAAGUUGUAUCGCACACGGCCAGACCAGAUAAAAUUCACCAGUGUAACUGAUGCGCCAGAUGUUGUCCAGGCUAAGAUCAAUGCUAUGCAACUCAGUAAUCAUCUGUACCGUGAGGCCUGGGACAAGGACAAGACACAGAUUUCCAUACCUUCUGACACUCCUGAGAUGCUGCAGUCAAAACUCAAUGCUCUGAACAUCAGCAAUUGGACGUGUCUGCCUGACCACAAUGAUGUGGUGCACGCGAGGAAAGCCUACGACCUACAGAGUGAUGCUGUUUAUAAGUCAGACCUAGAAUGGCUCCGUGGAAUUGGCUGGUUGCCUAAUGAUUCUCCAGGUAUUCAGAGAGUGAAACAUGCCCAGGAUCUCCUGAGUGACAAGGUGUAUCGCACACCUAUUGACAGCGUGAAGUACACCAGUGUCGUCGAUUCUCCAGACAUUGUUCUAGCUAAAGUGAAUGCUGAACAGCUCAGUAUUCCAAAAUACAAAGAAGCCUGGGAAAAGGACAAGACUAUGAUCCAUAUUAUGCCAGACACACCUGAAAUCAACCUAGCCAAGUCUAAUGCUCAUAAUUAUAGCAAGAAACUGUAUAGAGAAGCCUGGGAUGAAGUGAAGAUGAGUUAUGAUUUGAGAGCAGACGCAAUCCCAAUUAAAGCAGCCAAAGCUUCCAGAGAAAUUGCUAGUGAUUAUAAAUACAAACUGGAUCAUGAGAAGCAGAAAGGACAUUACGUUGGAGUUCCAAAUGCAAAAGCAGAUACAAAAAUGCAGUUUGCCCUUGGCAUAGGCAAGGUUCAGAGUGAACUGGAAUACAAGAAACACUUUGCCAAAUGGAAGACACAGUGCCAUCUGCCUGUUGAUAUGCUGUCUAUCCAAUCAGCUAAACAUGGGCAGUCUUUGGUCAGCGAUGUUGAUUACCGUCAUUACCUGCAUCAGUGGAUCUGUCUUCCAGAUCAGAAUGAUGUGAUACAUGCCAGGAAAGCCUACGAUCUUCAAAGUGAUGCUGUUUACAAAUCUGAUUUAGAAUGGCUACGAGGAAUUGGAUGGUUGCCAAAUGAUUCACUUGGAAUAAAUCACGUCAAACAUGCCGGAGACCUAUUGAAUGAGAGAAAGUAUCGUACAAAAGUUGAAACACUUCAAUUUACUCCAGUGACAGACAGAGUUGAUUAUGUCACAGCGAAGAAAAGUGGUGAAAUUCUUAGUGAUAUUAAAUACCACAAAGCAUGGAAUGAAGUCAAGUCAAAUUAUACUCUAACAGAUACACCACAGCUAGAUAUGGCUCGAGAGGCAGCCAGAAUUCUUAAUCAGAGUUUAUACAAGGAAAGCUGGGAGAAAGAAAAAGCCACUGGUUAUCUCUUACCUCCUGACACUGUGCAGAUCCGUCAUGCCAAACACUCAAAUGAUGUCCAAAGUGAGCUUAAGUACAAAGCUGACUAUGUCAAACAAAGAGGUCACUACGUGGGAGUCCCCAGUAUGAGAGAUGAUCCCAAACUGGUGUGGUUUGAACAUGCAGGCGAGAUCCAGAAUGACAGAUUGUAUAAAUCAAAUUACCACAAGACAAAGUCCAAAAUUCACAUCCCUGUGGAUAUUAUGUCAGUUGUAGCAGCCAAGGAGUGUCAGACGUUGGUCAGUGAUGUUGACUAUCGCCACUACCUCCAUCAGUGGACGUGCCACCCUGACCAGAAUGAUUGUAUUCAGGCAAGGAAGGCCUAUGAUCUGCAAAGCGACAAUAUUUAUAAAUCUGACUUGGAAUGGCUCCGUGGUUGUGGCUGGAUUCCUCUGGAUUCAGUGGAACAUAAGAAAGUCAAGCAUGCACAGGAACUGAUAAAUAAGAGAGCGUAUACAAAAGAUGCCCUUGAAAACUUUUCUAAAUUCACCAGCGUGGUUGACACUCCAGACAUUGUCUUGGCAAAGAUUAACUCUGUCAAUCAGAGCGAUCUAAAAUACAAAGAAACAUUUAACCUCGAGAAAGGCCAGUACAUCGGGUCUGAUGAUACUCCUGAACUGAAUCAUGCCAGAGACAUGUCCUUGCUGUAUAGUGAUAAACUUUAUAAAAGAGACUGGGAAAUCAGCAAGCCCAUUGGGUAUACUUUGGAUACAACAUACAUUCCACUUGUUGGAGCCAAGCAUGCAAACUACGUGAAUAGUGAGCGUAAAUAUAAGGAGCUAUAUGAGAAGCUGAAAGGCCAUUAUCUGGCUGGGAAGGACAUUGGAGAUUUCCCCAGCGUCGUUCAUUCGUUAGCAUUCCAGAAAAUAAGGAGCGCGUUGGCAUACAGAAAGAAUUAUGAAGACACUAAAACAAGAGUCCAUAUUCCAAGUGAUAUGAUGAAUCAUGUGCUAGCUAAGAAGUGUCAGUAUAUCCUCAGUGACCUUGAAUACCGAACUUACCUCCAUCACUGGAAUUGUUCUCCUGAAGAACAUGAUGUUAUUCAAGCAAGAAGGGCCCAGGAAAUUUUGAGUGAUGUGGUGUAUAAAGAUGACUUAAAUUGGCUGAAGGGAAUUGGAUGCUAUGUCUGGGAUACUCCACAAAUCCUGCAUGCUAAAAAAUCAUAUGACCUCCAGAGCCAAAUAAAAUAUACAGCUGCUGGAAAAGAGAAUUUACAGAACUUUGGUGUUGUUACUGAUACACCAGUCUAUGUGACUGCGGUGCAGAGUACUAUAAAUGCCAGUGAUGUUAAAUACAAAGAAGAUUACCAUAAAACUAAGGACAAGUAUACAACUGUGACUGAAACAGCAGACUCUGAAAGAGUUCAAAAUCUGAAGCAUCUUUUUAGCAAUAAUCUCUACAAAGAAGCCUGGGACAGGGUGAAAGCUACUAGCUACAUAAUGCCAUCUGAUGCUGUAUCCCUAGCACGUGCAAAGGAACUGAAGCAUAAUGCUAGUAUUGUAAAAUACCGAGAAGAAUAUGACAAGUUUAAAGCUCUAUACACACUACCUAGAAGUGUUGAGGAUGAUCCCAAUACAGCAAGGUGCCUUAGAGUUGGAAAGCUUAAUAUUGAUCGUCUCUACAAGGAAACCUAUGAAAAGAAUAAAGCCAAAGUCCACAUUGUUCCUGACAUGGUAGACAUAAUUGCUGCUAAAGAUGCUCAGCAGAAAAUCAGUGAAAUUGAUUACCGCACACGUCUCCAUGACUGGAUCUGCCUCCCAGAUCUUCAGAUCAAUGCACAUGUUCGAAAAGUAGCUGAUCAGAUCAGUGAUGUGGUAUACAAGGAUGAUCUUAACUGGCUGAAAGGCAUUGGCUGCUUUGUUUGGGACACUCCUGAGAUUCUCCAUGCUAAACAUGCCUACGACCUUCGCAGUGAUAUCAAGUACAAAUCUGAUGCAGAAAAAACGAAGAGCAAAUACACUGUGGUCAUGGACACUCCUGUUUAUGUCCAGAGUAUCCUCAGUGGCUUGAAUGCCAGCGAAGUUGUCUAUCGUGGUGACUAUUUAAAUAAAGUUAGAGGCAAAAUGAUUCCUACUAACAAAACAGUGGAUUUGGAGCGGGCACAUCAUGCAAACAAGAUACAGAGUGAAAAUUUGUAUCGCUGGGCUGGUUUGAAAGCUCUGCCUACUGGAUACAGUCUUCCCAAAGAUACCCCUGGCUUCCAGCAUGCUAAACACGUCCAGUACAUUGGCAGUGAUCUGAAAUAUAAAGAAGCCUAUGAACAUAUGAAAGCCAAAGGCUACACUCUGGGACCUAAUGAUGUUGGGUUUGAGAAUGUGAAGAAAGUGAAUCAAGUCAUUAAUGAGAGGUUGUAUCGGGCAACGUACCACAAGAACAAGGAUAAGAUUCAUACUACUCCAGACACACCAGAAAUCCGUCAAGUCAGAGCAACACAGGAAGCUGUCAGUGAUUUGAUCUACAAGUCAGAUUUCUUUAAGAUGCAAGGACACUUGAUUUCCUUGCCAUUCACUCCUCAGGUGUUGCACUGCCGCUAUGUUGGGGACAUCACAAGUGAUAAUAAAUACAAAGAGGAUCUGAAGUGGUUGCAGGGCUUGGGCUGCUUCCUUUAUGAUACUCCUGAUAUGGUCCGUGCUCGUCAGCUGCGUAAGCUUUGGUCUAAUUAUGUAUAUACUGAUACUGCAAAGAAGAUGCGGGAUAAAUACAGUGUGGUGUUGGAUACUCCUGGAUACAGGACUGUUCAGGAACUAAAAACCCAUUUGAGUGAUCUGGUUUACAGGGCUGCAGGCAAGGAGCUGAAGACAAAAUACACUUCUGUCCUUGACACACCUGACUUCUUGAGAGCCAAGAAAGGACAAAAAAUACAGAGCCAGUAUUUGUAUGUGGAACUUGCCACCAAAGAGAGACCUCAUCACCAUGCUGGUAGCCAGACUCCAGCCUUCACACAUGCCAGGCAUGUAAAAGACAUGGUCAGUGAGACAAAAUAUAAGAUCCAGUAUGAGAAGAUGAAGGACAAAUACACACCAGUCCUUGACACACCAGUCUUGAUCAGAGCCAAGAGAGCAUACCUGAAUGCCAGUGAUCUACGCUACAAAGAAACCUUUGAGAACACAAAGGGGAAAUACCACACAGUGAAAGAUGCUUUGGAUAUUGUCUAUCAUCGAAAAGUCACAGAUGAUAUUAGCAGUGUGAAAUACAAAGAAAACUAUAUGAGCCAGCUGGGAAUCUGGAGAUCAAUCCCAGACCGACCAGAACAUUUCCAUCAUCGUAUCGUCACGGAUGCUAUUAGUGAUGUUAAAUACAAGGAGGACUUAUCGUGGCUCAGAGGCAUCGGCUGUUAUGCAUGGGAUACACCAGAUUUUACUUUGGCAGAAAAGAAUAAAGUGCUCUACAGUGGACACAAGUACAAGGAGACGUUUGAAAAGACAAAGUCUCAUUUCCAGUACGUAGCUGACUCUCCAAUUAACAGGCAUUUUAAACAUGCAACUCAGUUGCUGGAUGCGAAAUUAUAUAAAGCUGCCUAUGAGAAGCUCAAAGAUAGGUACAGCGUUAUUGUGGAUGAUCCUAAGAACCUCCUGGCCAAGUGGGGGACUACACUGAGCAGUCAGAACAGUUAUAAGUCCCUUGCCAAGAUGCUCCUGAAACAAGGGUGUAAUGAAAUUCUGAGGCCAGAUAUCCUGACAGCACUCUACAACUCAUACUUAUGGAGCCAGGUUGAGUACAAAAAGGACUAUGAAAAGAAGAAAGAUAAGUAUACCACAGUUGUGGAUACUCCAGAAAACUUAAGGACUGCAAAAGUCAACAAACAGAUUAGUGAUAUUAUUUACAAGUUGGAAUACAACAAAGCGAAGCCUAAAGGCUACACUACAAUUCAUGAUACCCCUAUGCUGCUCCACGUGCGCAAAGUCAAGGACAGAAUAAGUGAUCUGAAAUACAAAGAAAUGUAUGAGAGGAAUAAAUCCCACUGCAAUGUUGUAGCAGAUUCAGUUCAUAUUAAGACUCCAAGGCAUGCUUACAAGCUGAACAGCAAUCUGGAUUAUAAGAAGAAAUAUGAAGCAGCCAAGGCUCAUUGGCACUGGAUUGCUGAUAGGCCUGACUUUGUCCAAGCAGCCAAGUCAUCUCUGCAGCAGAGUGAUUAUGAAUACAAACUGGACCGAGAAUUCCUGAAGGGAUGCAAACUCUCUGUCACAGAUGAUAAGAACACAGUGUUGGCUUUAAACAAUGCCAUCUUGGCAAGUGAUAUAAAAUACAAAGAGAAGCACAACAAAGCUCGAGGAACAUGCCUGGUUGUUCCAGAUACACCUCAGAUCCUCCUGGCUAAGAAUGUCAGCUCUCUGGUAUCUGAGAACAAAUACAAAGAACACAGCAAGAAACAGCUACCUCGUGGGUCUUACACAACCUUACCUGAGACAAGAGACACUGCUCAUGUGAAAGAGGUGACCAAGAACGUCAGUGAUACAAACUAUAAAAAGAAAUUUGUGAAGGAGAAAGGCAAGUCUAAUUACUCCAUCAUGCUGGAGCCUCCUGAAGUGAAACAUGCCAUGGAAGUUGCUAAAAAACAGAGUACAGUUGAAUACAAGAAAGAUGCCAAGUCAAAGCUCCACUACACACCUAUUGCAGAUCGCCCAGAUAUUAAGAAAGCAACUCAGGCUGCUAAGUUAAUUAGUGAUAUUGAAUAUAAAAAGCGUGGAGAAGCUGGCCUUGGUGUAACCAUGCUGGGACGACCAGAUAUUGAGCUGGCAAAGGAAGUGUCCAAGCUAACCAGUCAGGUGAAAUACAAGGAGAACUUUUCCAAAGAGAAGGGUAAAAAGCCAAAGUAUGAUUUAAAGGAGGCUAAAAUCUACAAGACCAUGAAAGAUGCUCACAACAUUGCUAGUGAGGUGAAAUACAAAGCAGAUCUCAAGAAACUUCAUAAGCCUGUCACAGACAUGUCUGAGUCGCUGAUCAUGAACCAUGUCUUGAAUACAAGCCAACUCGCCAGUGCUUACCAGUACAAGAAGCAAUAUGAGAAGAGUAAGGGUCACUACCAUAUGGUGCCAGAUAAUCUUGAGCAGGUUCAUCUAAGGGAGGCAUCAGAACUGCAGAGCCACGUGAAAUACAAAGAAAAGUAUGAGAAGGAAAAAGGUAAACCUAUGCUGGACUUUGAAACUCCAACAUACCUAACUGCAAAGGAAUCUCAGCUCAUGCAGAGUGAGAAAGAAUAUAAGAGGGACUUUGAAGAGUCCAUUAAGGGCAGAAACCUUACUGGCUUGGAGAUAACACCAUCCUUAUUACAUGUCAAAUAUGCAACCAAAAUAGCAAGCGAGAAAGAAUACAGGAAGGAUCUGGAGGAGGGUGUCAAAGGUAAAGGACUGUCAGUUUUGGAGGAGACUCCAGACAUGUUAAGAGCAAAGAAUGCAACUCAGAUCCUGAAUGAGAAAGAGUACAAAAAAGCCUUGGAAUUAGAAAUCAGAGGUAAAGGUCUAUCAGAACUGGCUUUGGAAACACCUGAUUUUGUGAGAGCAAAGAAUGCCACUGACAUUGCUAGCCAGAUCAAAUACAAACAGUUGGCAGAAAUGGAGAAGGCCAACUACACCAGUGUUGUUGAUACUCCAGAGAUCAUUCAUGCCCAGCAAGUCAAAAACCUUUCAAGCCAGAAAAAGUACAAGGAGGAGGCAGAAAGGACCAUGCCAUACUAUGUGCCUGUAGCAGACACCCCAGAAAUGCAGAGAGUCCGUGAGAAUCAAAAGAACUUCAGCACGCUUCAAUAUCAGUGGGACCUACAGAACAGUAAAGGAAAAGUGACAGUUGUACAAGAUACACCAGAAAUGCUGCGUGUGAAGGAAAACCAGAAGAAUUUCAGCUCGAUUUUAUAUAAGGAAGAUAUUGGAACUGGAACUACUAUUGAAAAGACGCCAGAGAUGCAGAGAGUUAAAAGAACCCAGGAUGCAAUUAGCUCGAUUAAGUACAAGGAGAGUAUUGGAAAAGGAACUCCAAUUCCUGAUCUCCCAGAAGUGAAACGUGUCAAGGAGACGCAGAAGCACAUCAGCUCGGUCUUGUACAAAGAGGAGGUGGGGACAGGUAUUCCAACACCUGUAACUCCAGAAAUAGAGAGAGUCAGACGCAAUCAAGAACACAUUAGCUCGGUGUCAUACAAAGAGGGCUUAGGGAUGGGCAUCCCAACCCCGGUCACUCCAGAGAUGGAGAGAGUCAAACGCAACCAGGAGAACAUUAGCUCGGUGUUGUACAGAGAGGGGCUGGGAAUUGGAACCCCAGUGCCUGUGACCCCUGAGAUGGAGAGGGUCAAACGCAACCAGGAGAUCUUUAGCUCGGUGGUGUACAAAGAGAACGUGGGGAUGGGAACCCCCACCCCUGUCACUCCUGAGAUUGAGAGAGUGAGACGCAAUCAAGAACACGUUAGCUCGGUGUUGUACAAAGAGGACGUGGGGAUGGGAACCCCCACCCCUGUCACUCCUGAGAUUGAGAGAGUCAGACGCAAUCAAGAACACGUUAGCUCGGUGUUGUACAAAGAGGAGCUGGGGACAGGGACCCCAAUACCUGUCACUCCUGAAGUUGAGAGAGUCAAACGCAAUCAAGAACACAUUAGCUCGGUGUUGUACAAAGAGAGCGUGGGGACGGGGACCCCCACCCCCAUCACUCCAGAGAUGGAGAGGGUCAAACGCAACCAAGAGAUCUGUAGCUCGGUGUUAUAUAAGGAGAACAUAGGGAAAGCCACCCCAACCCCUGUGACUCCUGAGAUGGAGAGAGUCAAACGCAAUCAAGAGAUCAUUAGCUCGGUUUUGUAUAAAGAAAACGUGGGGAAAGUGACCCCAACACCAAUCACUCCAGAGAUGGAGAGAGUCAGACGCAAUCAAGAGAUCAUUAGCUCGGUGUUGUACAAAGAGAACUUGGGGCGAGCAACCCCCACCCCUAUCACUCCUGAGAUGGAGAGAGUGAAACGCAAUCAAGAACAGAUUAGCUCGGUGUUGUACAAAGAACAGCUGGCAAAAGGAACCCCAACCCCAAUGACCCCUGAGAUGGAGAGAGCGAAGCGCAACCAGGAAAACAUCAGCUCAGUCCUUUACUCUGACAGCUUCCGAAAACAGGUACAGGGCAAAGCUGCUUACGUUCUGGACACACCUGAAAUGCGCCGUGUGCGGGAGACGCAGAAACACAUCUCUACAGUGAAAUACCAUGAAGAUUUUGAGAAAAACAAAGGUACUUUCACACCUGUAGUCACUGACCCCAUUACAGAACGUGUGAAGAAGAACAUGCAGGACUUCAGUGACAUCAGCUAUAGAGGCAUUCAGAGACGAGUGGUAGAAAUGGAGCAAAAGCGCGUGGACCAGGACCAGGAGAAUCUGACAGGUCUUCGUGUGUGGCGCACAAAUCCCGGCUCUGUCUUUGACUACGACCCUGCAGAGGACAACAUUCAGUCCAGGAGCUUACACAUGAUCACAGUCCAAGCGCAGCGCCGCAGCAGGGAGCACUCCCGCUCUGCCAGUGCCCUGAGCAUCAGCGGUGGGGAUGAGAAAUCAGAGCCCUCGGAGGGGGUGAAUCAGCACCUGUCCUACUACAGCAACGAAGGCUUCUUUACCACCACUGCCACAGUGGGUUAUAAACAUGCUAAGACCAUAGAGCUGCCACAACAAAGGUCAGCAUCUGUUGCCACUCAGCAAACCACCGUGUCAUCAGUUCCUUCCCACCCAUCCACUGCUGGGAAGACAUACCGGGCUAUGUAUGACUACACAGCAGCCGACGCUGAUGAGGUUUCCUUCAAAGAUGGUGACACAAUUGUCAAUGUGCAAGCCAUUGAUGAAGGCUGGAUGUAUGGGACCGUGCAGAGAACUGGCAAGACAGGCAUGCUGCCAGCCAACUACGUGGAGGCUGUGUGAGCCAGAGAACAGCCCUCCCCAGGCACAGCCAUCUCCCACUGUCAGCGACAGAACUUUCUAACACCAAAGCACUGCACUGUCUUCCAUGGUGAGUGGUAGUGCUUUACAAACCAGCAUGGGG